AUGGUCAGUGUCACUAACCAUACACAAAACAAAACAAAAGCAGUGACAGAUUGGCAUCGACGGAUGAAUAAUCACACAAGGGCAUCUUAGGCAGCCGUGCGGUACAACCCCAUCUUAAAAUUAUAACUAGUUUCACCAAUCAAUCAACCAAAGCCCAUCCAGAAAAUCAUGUCUCUGAAAUUCUCUCACUCAGCAAUUAUUGUGCUCUUUCUCUGCUCCUUCACUACAAUCUUAGCUCAUGAAGAUGAAGACCCAACAAUCAAAACAAUGGAGGAUUUCUCUGGCUACCCUAUUCCCGAGCCACACUUGAGCUUUCAGAACACUGUCUCUUCACUAUCCGUUGACACUCGAAGUUUGCAGAAACAGAUUGAUGAACUUUCAACUUUCUCGGAUACACCUGCCCCAUCAGUUACCAGGAUCUUGUACUCUGACAAGGAUGUAUUGGCUCGUAGAUUCAUCAAAAACUUGAUGGGACUUUCUGGUCUCUCUGUUAGAGAGGAUGCUAUUGGUAACAUAUUUGGUCGGUGGGAAGGCUAUAACCCAGAUCUUUCUGCAGUUGGAACUGGCUCUCACAUUGAUGCCAUUCCAUACUCCGGAAAGUAUGAUGGGGUUGUGGGUGUUCUAGGUGCUAUAGAAGCCAUCAACGUACUAAAAAGGUCUGGGUUCAAACCUAAACGAUCACUGGAAGUUAUCUUGUUCACCUCAGAAGAGCCGACACGCUUUGGAAUCAGCUGUCUGGGAAGCCGCCUAAUGGCGGGGAGUAAGACACUUGCUAACGCUCUGAAGACAACAGUUGAUGGUCAAAAUAUAUCUUUCUUUGAUGCUGCACAAUCUGCUGGUUACACCAAAGAUGAAGGGGACUUAUCCAGCGUGUUCCUGGAAAAAGGAAGCUACUCUGCUUUUGUGGAAUUGCAUAUUGAGCAGGGCCCUAUUUUGGAGGAUGAAGGUAUAUCAGUUGGCAUUGUAACAGCCAUUGCAGCCCCAGCAAGCAUAAAAGUGGAUUUUGAAGGCAAUGGAGGCCAUGCGGGUGCUGUCCUAAUGCCAAAUAGAAAUGAUGCUGGACUGGCAGCUGCAGAAUUAGUGCUAGCUGUUGAGAGACAUGUAUUAGAAUCUGGAUCUAUUGAUACUGUUGGUACAGUUGGUAUUCUGGAGCUACAUCCUGGAGCCAUCAACAGCAUCCCUAGCAAAUCACAUCUAGAAAUUGACACAAGAGACAUUGAUGAAGAACGAAGAAACGUUGUAAUUGAGAAAAUCCAUCAAUCUGCAAUUACUAUAGCCAGUAAACGUGGGGUCAAUCUAUCAGAAUUCAAAAUUGUAAAUCAGGAUCCACCAGCACUUUCUGAUAAAUCAAUACUUGAUGCAAUGGAAGCUUCAUCGAAAGAGCUAAACUUAACACACAAGUUUAUGAUUAGCCGAGCUUACCAUGAUUCACUGUUCAUGGCCAGAGUAUCCCCGAUGGGUAUGAUAUUCAUUCCAUGUUACAAAGGUUACAGCCACAAGCCUGAAGAAUAUGCCUCCAGUCAGGAUAUAUCUAAUGGGGUCAAGGUUUUAGCCUUGACCCUUGCCAAGUUGUCAUUGCAGUGAUGUUUCUUCCAUUUUAGUGUUGUUGGCUGGAUAAACUAAGUUUACAUAUUUGGGGUAUAUUGUUCCGUUUACGCCCUUGUGUUUCUGUAAUGAUGAUUUGUAUGUAUACUUUCCAUCGAAGACUCUAUUACCACGUUAAUUGUAAAGAAAAAUCAACCUUUCACAACUUAGUUAAGAGAGAGAGAGAGAGAGGGGGCUGAAAAAAAAAAACUCUGUAAACACCAUAUUAUUUAUUGUCAACAGUAGAUUUGAUCUCAGAACACGGGACUAUAAAGCAAGGAGCAUGUAAGAAAACAUGCAUUG